UCAUGUCAAUAGUGCACACACACACACUCGCAACACGAUCGAAAAGCCGGCUUUCUCUCAUCUUUUGGUGAUCAAUUAGGUUGUCAUUGGUCAUCAGAGUCAGUCGCCAUCGCCAGUGUGUGGAGAUCGCAAAGAUCAGAAGUGGAACCCGGUUUGUGAGGUCUGCAUUCACCUUGCCACAUGACGUUCUAGUCUCCAUGUUAUGACAGAGCAAAGCAUGUCUACUAGUGAGGAACCAUGGAGCCUGGAGGGAAGGAAACACACAGUGUCCCUCCCCAGUGACCAGCCCUCCUGGAGCAACGUCAAAACCUCCCUCAAGAAUCUCUCACAGGUCCUGAACACUGAGACCCUCUUGCCUGCUCUCGGGAAGGUAUACCGGGCGGCUCACCCUAGCCAGUUCAAUUGGCACACAGAUGAGCCCCUUAUUGAGACGAGUCACCCUUUUGUUGGGCUUGGGCACUUUCUUGAGCAUGUCGCUUCGGAGACAGAGAGGAGCGUCUUCUUCAGGAGGGUCCUGCCGACGAUAGCGAGGUUGGCGGUGGAGAUGGAGAGAUGGUGCCCAAGAGAUGGAGUGCAGUAUUCAUCACAUCAGGAAGAAUCGCUUCAGAGUCUUGACAGGCGGUUUAUUGCUGCGAUGAUUGCCAAUGCGUUCCUCUGCACGUUCCCCAAGCAGCAGAGUGCCACCAUGAACGGGAUUAAUUUUGACGAGUUCUUUCAGUUCCUUAUUUGUUCUUCCACCAGAAAUUCUCAGGCUGCUAAGCUGCGCUGUUUCCUGAACUACUUUGACAGACUGGCAGCGGUAGACAUGGAAAACAACUUCAGCGGGCAGAUUUCAUACAUCAGACAGGUUUUGCAUGAGGAUGAAACCAUUUCACUGGAGGGGUGGCUGGACAGCAAAGCAGACUUGUGUCCUCUGACCAUUAGGCAUAAAGGCAGGAUAGAACAUGCAGGCAGCCAUGCUUUACAGGUUGACUUCGCCAACCAGUUCAUCGGUCGGGGCACCCUAGGCGCUGGACGCAUCCAGGAGGAAAUACGCUUCUGCACGUGCCCAGAGUUGCUGGGUUGCCUAUCAUUCAUGGAGUGCCUACAGGACAAUGAGGCUAUUGUCGUCACAGGAUUUGAACAGUUUUCAGAAUGCAGUGGCUACAGCAGCACGCUGCAAUUUUGUGGGGAUUUUAGAGACAGAGGGAAGAAGGACGUUACAGGUAAUUUUUCAAACACACUGAUUGCAAUUGAUGCCAUGCCGUGGUCCGGAUAUCUCCAAAACCAAUUCAAGACGGAGCACAUCCUGCGAGAACUGAACAAGGCCUUCACUGGAUUCUGCUACCCGAAGUCAGAAAGAAGAAGCCUUUCGGUUGGACAUGGCGAGGCAGACAGUGGUAGCUACCAGGAUGCACUCGACCAAUCACUGAUCUCGACAGAUGGGACUUUUGAUACAGCCUCUUCUGGAGACAAUGAAAGCCGAAAGUCUUCGUGCAACUCCAACCUUCACGGUUACAGUGGCUCCCUCAGUCGUGCUAUUACAGACAUCGCCAUCAAGGAUGCCACUGGUAGCUUCCCAUCUCUCAACCUCUCCCGAGACGAGUCUAGCCACAACUCUCUAAGCACUGUACUCACCAUGUCCAACGCAUCGACACCGCGUGAUGAAAAUGGACCAAUGCAGAAUGUUGUGUCGGGGUUGUCGAUAGGUCCGCUGGAAGACUUCGCUGGAGGACUUGUCGAUAAGGCCCUGAGGGAAUCCCAGCCUGGAUUGCUCCUAAAACAAGAUGAACCCCGAGCAAUGCAAGAAAAUGGUCUUUCAGUCAAAGAAGUGAUUCUGGUCGAUAGCUCUGGGAGCGGGGAGCCUUCAGAAGGUCAGAGUAAUUUGCAGAGUCAGGCUAGAAGUCUUGUAAGCUGUGCCAUACAAGACGCCGUUGGAGUGAUUGAAGGUGAACAUAAAAGUACCAGCAAGCCACUCGUGUGGACCAGCAACAAUUUUGGCGCUACUCUGCAUAGUAGAGAAGAGGCAGUUAACAAUAACACCACAACUGUGUAUUCAAGUGGACAGGGCAGACCUAUAAUGACAGGUGCAGAGAGUAUUGGUACUUUAUUGAGCAUAGAUAAGGCAACAAUUAGUCGUACAGACAUGCAGGAUCGCCCUAACAAACGAGAGGUUCGUGAUAUUCAUAGGGAGACUGGAAAUGAAUUUGGUGCAACUUUACAAACCACCGAUAUGGUACCAAAUGAUGUUGAGGAUAGAGAGAGGGGAGGGGCUUCACCUUUCAGAAAUGACUCCCAAGUAACACCCUCGUCUCCUGGAAGGGAUUCUCGUAGCAGCAAGGGCUCUCUGGGGGACUUCAGUUUGAUUUCAUCCACAUCCUGUCCAUCAUCGGACAGCUUCGUCAAACUCAACGGUGAAGGCGAUACUUUGUUCAGACAAAGGCACCCAAAUCAACCUUUCUCAGCCGAUAUCAUGGCCAAUGACAUCUUACAAGAUGCUCUGGGAUCUUUGGGGAAGCAUUUUAACAUUUCCUCUGGUAUUCAUAUGACCAGCUCGGGGGAUUCCCUGGAGGAUCUAAGUGAAGUUCAUUCAGCGACAUUCCCGUCGAGAGAUCCUUCGGGAUCCUUUGAGAAUCUUACAAGCGGGGAUCUGAGCAGCAGCUCUUGCUCCGAGUAUGUUCAUGUGAAAGUUGCCAAUUUCAGUGUGGACACCCUUGCCGAGGAUAUCAUAGCUUCGGCCUUUGAGGAGCUAAAUAGCAUGAUCCAUGAAAUGACUGAGCCAUCCCUUAAGGACACUGGGGAACUUAUUGGUGAAAUCUCUCGCCCUAUUGUCCAAGCGAAAGAUGGAAGUGAUAAAGGCAGGACUGGAGCUAGAAGCUACUUCUCGCUCACCGAGGAAGAUAUUAGAAAUGGAAAUACACUUCAAAGUGAACGGCUGAAUGAUCAACAUCAUGGAGCGAUUCCAAGUGCUAGUACUGCAGACAGCUUUGCUGAGAAGUUCAUCGGACAGAUAUUUCAAGAGUCCCUACAGGGAAGGGGGCCGAUUGCAGGAGGGAAUCAAACCACUUCAGAUCCUGGUACACCCCCACCUUCCCCAACAUCACCAACAUCACUUGAAGCCUUCCUGCAAACACCACAGUCACUUGAGAAAUCUUUGGUGACCAUUUCGGAACAGCCAGCAAUCGAAGAGCCCCAGUAUGAUGGAGACAAGAGGCUCUCAAAUGAUUCAUCUGGGACAGAGAGUAGCCAAUCUCGAGAGGCUCGCAUUCGGGAGUGUGCCGAACAACUUGUCGCCAGGACAUUACCGGAGUCAGUAAGGCUGCUCGGAGGCAGUGCUCAGACAACAAGUAGUAACAGCUCCCGGAGAUCAAGUGCCCGGAGCUCUAUACCAAAUAGCUCCAACAGGUCCAGCAUGGACUGCUUCACUGAGGAUCUCCUCAAGAUCGCUAAUAUAGACCCAAUGGGGAAACGACCAAGCCGGACGGAAGAAAACCUUGCUUUCUUUGCGCAGGAGAUCAAGCGCAUGGCAGAGGCAGAGGAAAAAGCUGCCAAGAAACAAAAGGAAGACUUUGCCGACUUCACUAUAGAACUGCAACGCCGUAGCAGUCAAUCACAAGUCCUUGAUGGUGAAUUGAUUCAUGUUAAUUUAAUUGAUUCUCUCGCCGAGAAGCAGUCGAACGAAGUCAUAUCUGACGUCUUCGUUCGGCUCUUUGGAAAGCCAUGGUCAGAAGCUGAACACACUGAUGAUCCCGAACCCGAACCUGAGUCCAAACCAUCUCGCCAACCAACUGAAAAGACUUGUGAACAGUCAGAGUAUGAAGAGCGUGCUUUAAUCCAAGGACGUUCGCCUCGUCGACCUUCAGAGCAGGAUCUAAUCUGCAUGGCAACCAACCUGGCAAACUCGAUCAUCGAGGCUGCUCUCAAAGUCUAUAGAGAGGAGCAUCUGCAUCUUCCAACUACCCAAGGGGGGUACAGAAUGGCUCCCAUCCAUCCCGAAGAAGGGCAUAGUACUCCCUUGGAUACAAAAGGAGUGGCUUCACUUCAGAGUAGAGUUUCAACCCUGGAUGAGUUUGCUUCGGCUACAGCUGAAUCUAUCUUAGACCAGGCCAAGCAGUGUCUCUCUAAAGUACUUAAGGAGAGAGGAGCAAUAGACAAGGAAGAAGUAUCCCCAACUGGUCACAGGCCAAUCUCCACCGGUAACUGGGGUUGCGGUGCCUUUGGUGGCGACCCUCAACUCAAAUCUUUAAUACAGUGGAUGGCUGCUUCCCAGGCUGGUUCCCCACGUCUGAUCUAUUACACGUUCGGUGACGAGCGCAUCUCCAGGCUACAACGGGUGAUUAACGAGACAGAGUGCAGACAGUGGACAGUGGGUGACCUCUUUAGAGCGGUCCUUGACCACAGCUGGUUGACCCUCAAUGUCGACUCCGACCCUCUCAGUUUGUUUGAACGCAUCAUCAAAAGUGUAUGACUUGGAACGUGGUGUCCAUAAAAUUGGGGUUUAGCGAUGAAUUUGGUUUUUGAAACUGAACACCCUUUGUCUUAUCUCGUGAGUGUUUUUGUCAUACUUACUGUCCCAAUUGUCAUUGUUAGCAUUCUUAUUGUCAUGAGCAAUGUCAUUAUCAUUGAUGAUAAUAGUAAGUGUCAUUUGUGACCGCAGAUCCAAAUAUCACUAGAGACUAAUCAGCAUUAUACCGCAGUAAUAAGCCAUCAGCAUUGUCAUUGUUAAACUUAUUGGCCCUGUCGCCAUCAAAAUCAUGCCAUAUUGUCACUGCUGUCUCCUUGCUUUUCGAAUUAUCGAAAUCAUACAUGUACAUGUUUCUAUCUACAUUUACAUUGUAAUGCGGCCAACUUUUGCCAGAGUCGUGGCCACCAAUUCAGACAGUCUAAUUUUGUGUAUAUAGAUUCAGAUGUUUAUGUGGUGGAUUCUUUUAUUUGAGAAAACCAAAUUCCACUGAACUGUACUCAGAAAUAAAUAACAUAUAAAACCUUAGACUAAAAUAUCAAACGAGAACUUAUUAUAAGAUAAUAAAAUACAGCCUAUGUAAAUUUAUCAGGGAUGUUUCCUUAGACCUCUUAAAAGCUCAAAGAGCCCCCUCACUGAGGGUAAAAGAAAGACCUAUGGCUGACGUCAAAUCUGUUACUGAUGAACAUUUUACACAGAUGAAAUAUUACUAAACAGAUUAAUUUUAACUAAACAUACAUGUAACUUAUGAAAAGUAUUUUUUAAAGGCAGUGGACACUAUUGGUAAUUACUCAAAAUAAUUAUUAGCAUAAAACCUUUUUUGGUGACGAGUAAUAGUACAAUUGCGAGUAAUAGUACAAUUGGAAAGACUGCCAAUAUGACGGUAGUGACGGUACACAGACCUUAUCACAAAAUACUUGGUACGUGCGCUGUAGGUGUAGAAUGAGGUGCAUGAUGGACUAGCUAGUGCUCAAGGUUGUCUUAAUACCUUAUCACAAAAUACUUGGUACGUGCGCUGUAGGCGUAGAAUGAGGUGUCAUGGCCGAGCAGUUAAGAGCACCGGAUUCAAGCACUGGUGUUUGAUCAGCAGGGUGUGGGUUCGGA